UGUAGCGAGAGCAUUGCAUCCCUUUUGUAUAUAGUAGCGCGCGUAAAGUUGUCACAGGUAUAGUCGUGUGAUACACGCGUACGAAUGAGGACACACGUAAAAUUAUUUUCACAACGAUGAGUUACCGUGACAGAAUCCUGUUGAUACUUAACCUUCUUGUGGCAGUUAAUCUCACGGCUGAAGCACGAUCAUGGGAUCUAGCGGUGACGGUCGACAAGGAUAUCAACUUUCUCGCGCGCAACGGUACUCUGCUCGGCAAAACCGUCAUCGCCAACGCGACGAAGAUGUCGGCGAUGGCCUACGACGACUACACUCACACCAUGUUCCUUAGCGAUAUGAACAAUCGCGAAUACGCGAUUUUUAGCGUCGACCUACGCCUGAAAAAUGUCACCGUCAAGCCUAUACUCAAGAGAGAUAAAGACUCACCAAUAGUAAGCAUGGCGUUCGACACGCCAAGUCGCACGUUAUUCUGGACGACAAAGUGGUCGUUGAUGAAGAUGAAGAUGCCACGCGACAGAUCACCAAAUAAGCCUUCGCUCGUCCAUAAAUUCGACGUGGAAAGUGCUCGUGACAUUGCUCUCGACUCGUGUAACAAACGAAUCUAUUGGACGACAAGUAACCGCUCAUCGCCAAGUAUAAUGCGUGCAAAUCUCGAUGGCAGCGAUAUGAAAACCCUGAUAACUGAAAAUCUCUACGAGCCAACAAGUAUCGCAGUGGAUCACACGAAUUCCCGUCUCUACUGGAUCGACGACGAGGAAGGUAUCCAUUACAAAUUAGAAACGAGUAAUAGCGACGGAAGUAGUCGCACAGUUCUUGUACAUGGUACUCAUCAAACUCCACUACAUUUGGCAUUGGAUAAACAAAAUCUAUAUUGGACGGAGAUGGUUCACAAUGCCAUAUGGAGGAUCGAUAAAGAGCCGCUAGCUGAAGUAGAUUUACCUAAAAAAUUAAUAUCUUAUUACGAGAAGGGACAGUCUGAGCCGACGAGUAUACUCGCGAUGGAUAAUUUGGGAAGUGAAAUCGAUUGUAAAUCUAUGAAGAUCGAAGAAAUAAAAAGAGAGAAAAUACUUGCCUCUACUUUGAAAAGUGCUAACAAUCUUACCUCGGAUGACGAAGACGUUAGUGAUGAUAAAGGGAUUUGUGCUAAUGGAGGUACUAUCAAUGGCACUGAUUGCAAGUGUAAACCAGGGUAUAGUGGGUCAAGGUGUGAAAUUUCAGUGUGCCAUAAUUAUUGCCUUCAGGGUGAAUGUUUUGUUAACGACAAGGGCUUACCUGUAUGUAAAUGUAGUGCAUCGCAUAAUGGAUUAAGGUGUGAGCAUGACAUUUGCGAUGGUUACUGUCUGAAUGCUGGACGCUGUAGUGUCUACAAUGGCAAACCUAUCUGCGAUUGCAAAUAUUCAAGUGGUGUUCGGUGCGAAGUUACUUUCAACAUGGCAGAAAUUUGCGCUUUGUUUUGUGUAAAUAAGCAGCUACAGAUUAAUAGUGUGGAUACUAGCUCCUGCAGGUGUACCGAGUUAAAUCAAACGAUUGAAGAAGUUCUGAACUACGACAAUUUCAACUGCACAUUUCUGAUGCCAUUGCUAGCUGUUAUCGUUGUUAUGAUGACGAUAGUUGUAAUAAUCUUGAGCGUAUACGUGAACCGGUUGCGACGAAGGCCACGUGUGAAGAAACGUUUCGUGGUGAACAAGGGUGGCGGUAUUACCCCACUUACCUCUAGGCCUUCACAACUCACCACAGAUCAGUGUGAAAUCACGAUCGAGAACUGUUGUAACAUGAAUAUUUGCGAAACUCCAUGCUUCGAACCGAAAUUGCGCACAUCAAUCACAAGGAGCAAUGUCAUUAAGGAGGAAAAAAGCAACCUCUUGGACAACAUGGAAGGUGGCAACAACUCAUGCUAGUACUGACUACUUGCCUUUGUGCCCCCAUUUUUUGGAGACUGCGUUUUAGCUCACAUUGUGAAAUACCAUUGUUAAGUAUUGUUGUUAAAGUCCUAUGGACAAAUUUGUAUAAAAUAUAUCAACAAAUCUCUACAGAGCUUUGAGAAACCAAAGGCUAUCUGCGCUGAGAGAGAGAAAGAAAAAAUAAAUAGUUCGCGAAGGUAUCUUUCGUGGGACUGUGUAUAGAAAAGUAUUUGAAAAGGAUUUUUUUUUCUCGGCGUGUAAUAUUAUUUUUUUGUAGACAACUUUGUAAUAACUAUGUGAUUGGUCACGAUGUUUAUAACAUACGUGCAACUAUGAAAUAGUGUGAGUCAAGUCAGCCCCUAAAAUUUUAAAUUUCUAUAAGUUUGUACAAAAUUUAGAAUUUUAUUUCAAAAAUAUUGAAUUAUAAGUUAAGUUACUUAACGAAUAGAGUUCGUUGUUAAAAUCGAAACAUUUUCUUUACUUUGUUUGUUUGUACUUAGUAUAAUUAAAACAAAUGAGUUACUAUUUUCAAAUUUGUCAUAACUGUUAUUGUAAAAAUGUUGUACUAGGGGCUGGAUUACAUAUAGCUUUAAUGUAAACCACAGGCGAAUCGUAAAUUAUACUUAGAUAAAUAAGAAUCCAUUAAUUUUUCUGUAAUAAUUAUUUUUAAUUAUCAAGUUGCCAAAUGCAAGGAAAUUGAAGUCAGUUAUAAAACAAAUUAGAUGGAAUACUUAAUUGUUUUUUUUUUCUGAAAUGGUUCUAAAUAUAAAGUUACUUACAAUUUACAAUUAAUCUAUAAACUGCUUAAACACGUGUUCAUAUACUGAUUAAGUCUACUUGGACCAAAGUAACAAAGUUGCAAAACCACAUUUAUAUUGAGAAAGAUAUGCUCGCCGUUUUUUUUGGUAAUUUAUAAAAGUUCGUUUUAAAUUUAUUUCACAUUCAUAGUGUUAGUUAUCAAAACAAAGUUAAGAAAAUUCAUGUUAAUUUGAUGUCACCUCUUAUAAGUUAUUGUAUUUAUUAGAAUCGCAAGUGGAGAACCUAUAUUACAUUUUGUUUUAUAUAUUCUUAAGUGAGUUCCUUUCCGACGAAUUUCUCAUAACGUUUACUUUAAAAUCAACGUUCCUAAAGUUUAGAAUAAAAAUUAAAAAAAACAUCAUAUUACUUUUUAGAUGUUUUAAGUAUUUUUAUUAUACUAAUACGUGACCACGUACGUCACUGAUUUGAUCAUAAUGUAAACUAAAAAAUCCGCGAAAGCAAAUUUUACAUCUGUCCGUAAAAUUCAUUAACGCAGCUGGUAAGUUAGUCAGUAAAGUCUGAGUUGAUACUAAUUUUUCCUAAAUUGAAUUAUCAUUGCUAACUAUAACUACUGCAUAUAUUUAAUUAAGGUAAACUUAAAAAUAGUUUACUAUAAAUACCGCUUACAAGAAAAUCUCACUAACAUUUAUAUAUCGAAUAUAUUUUUCAUUAUUCAUUUAUAUAUCAAUUACAUUUUAUAUUGAAAUUUCAUGACAAUUUAAAGAAUUAAGAAAUUGCGUGAUGCGUUAGUCUGUGCUCUUCCAUGCAAGACAAGUAAACUUGCAAGUAGUACUUCUUGUUAUAGAUGCUAAAUUUAUGUGCAGAUUAAAUAUAUUUUAUUUAUAUUUAUAUCUAAAUAACUGACUUCAUUCGUAUCUUGCUAAAUAGAACACACUCGUUGGAUUUCUUGCGAUGCAAAAAAUUUCAGUGCUACUUAUUGUCACUGUUACUUAUGCCAAUAAAUGUUCUUUGCAGAAUCCAUGAUCAAAAUGAAUAAUAAUUUAAUUUUUUCGAAUCCACCUCGAUUCACUCGACUGUUUCUUAUGAGCACAAAACUUACUCCAUAAGUAUAUUCAUUCCAAAGUUGUUCAACAGAGAUUAAAGUAUAUUUCAACGUACUUUGCAUAAUCUUUGAAGAAAAUUAAAUCUGUUAUGAUCAUUUUGCUUAUGGAUUCAGCAUUUUUGAUGUUAAUUUUACGGACUGCGCCGGAAAAUAGCCCUCUCCCACACACUCAUCCACAGAGUUGUGAUAGUGGAUUUAUGGUGAAAGGGAUGUAUUCCUAAAUAGUAGAAAUGUUUCUUUUUUAUACCAAAAGUGAUCUUCCAUGGUCGCUAUAACUUUCUACACAAUUUCGUUAUGCCAACACGACUUCCGAUUGGUCACUUUACGUAUAAAAAUGCUAAACAUAUUCCCACUAUUAUAAAUAUAAAAAAAUACUUAAUACAAAUGGCCUUUA